GUAAUCAUUAUUCAUAGGAAUAAGAGUGUGCGCGAAAUUUAUUGCUGUUUACGACGGGUGAAAAACGGCAAAAUUUGUGAAAAAUAAAAAAAAAACAAUAACAGGCAGAGUUUAACAAGAAAAUUUUUCUCUAUACAAUAGAAAAAAAGUUUUAUAUAAAAUCAUUUGUGUGAAACGACAAAUUUAUAUAAACAGAAAAUAAAACGCAGAACCUAUACAAAAACGAGCAACAUUAAUUAGCCGAGCAAGUGAGCGACUUCUUUUCUUUUAUGUAUAAACGAUUUUUGUUUUUUUUUUGUUUCAUUUAUCCAUAAAAAUAUAAAAGAAAAUUUUGCGAGUAAGCAACGAUACAACGGACGACGGGUGUGACAAAAAGUAAGCGAGAAGAAAAGUGAGGAAAAAUCGAAAAAAGGAAUAUGUACAUCAUCUUCAGCAGUUUUUCGGGGAAAAGGAUAAAAUAAAAAAAAUAGUGAAAACAUGAAAACAGAGGACAGAGCAUAGUGGAAAUAUUUUGUGUGUGAAAAAGUGUUGAAACAAGUGAAUAGAAGAGAAUAAUUAUAAGUAUUGUGUGUUAAUGAAAGAAGAAAGAAUUCGUGAAAAGCUGGAAUCAUAAAAUGCAAAUGCAAACAAAUAUCAAAUAAAAGAUAUGAAUUGUAAAUACAACGAAUAAACAGUUCUCACCAGCACAACAAUCGGAAAACAUCAACACCAAACAAGAUUAACUUCAAUAUUUAAAGAGAAGUGGAAGAUACCAAGGGAAGAUAGAUGCAACAACAAACAACAACAACAUUCUUACACAAUACAGCAACAACCACACACUCAGUCUUUGUCUGUGUUUUCUGUAAGGCAUAUUACAAAGGAAGAACUCCUCUCAUUACUCUGUGUUGUUGGUUGCACGGCCGGGAUCAUCAGAAAAAAAAUAAGAACCAUUUGAGAGAUUAAAUGGCAACAUGUACAUUUUUGGGUACCAAAAAUAACAACAAUAAACACAUUUACACUCAUUUGUAAAAGCCAGCAGAAGAAGACGAAGAAGACAAAUACUCUUUGAAGCCACAGCCCAGCCACCAGCCAUUAUAUUUACAAAUUGGGUGCCAAAGAUUCCUACUUUGGUAUGGCCUUUUCGUCUCUCUCAGCAGCAGUAGCAGCAGCAACAGCAAACAUUAUCAUCGACCACAUCCCCAGAGCAUAGAGUGAGCAAGAAGAGCAAGUCGAUUUUCAUUUUUUACAUUUCGCUUGGGCUGAAUAGACACAUUAACGGAGAGAGAUGAAAAACCUUUGAAGUUGUAAACUUUUUCAGUGUCUAUGUGUUUGUGGGGAUAUUGAUUUCACAGCCCAUUUUAUUUUUAAAAUUCCCAAAAACAAAAAAAGGAUUGCAACCAGCCAUUGAAUUUGCUUGCCUGAGGAGUUGCCAUUGUGUAAUCAACCAACCAGCCAGCCGCCAAGGCAAGUCGGCCUCGAACAAUAGACCGGGAUUUUUUUUGGGCAAAACUUUUGUCUGCCAUUUAAAGGAAGAGGAAAAAUAAAACACCACCACAUUAUUGUUGGAAACUUCUAUAUUUGCAAAAAUAGAAAAGGCAACAAUAGUAGGCAACAACUCUCUUCCCUUCAUUCAUUCAUCGGCCUGCCCUUCACGAACGAACGACGAAAAUACGAAACAAGCGAUCUCUACUAGCAUAGCAUAGCGCCAAACAGAACCUUCAUCAUUAUCAUCACCACCAACAUCAUCAUCAUUAGAGUUAUUUACUCAUUAAUUAUUCUAAGCAGUAACUAAAAGACAACCUAUCCUAAAAGCCAAAAACAACAACAAAGCAAAAGGAACAACGUCUAAACGUGACCACACUUUGUCCGUCCGGUGACAAUACCAACCAACAAUAUUUACCAACCAAAAACGAACCCAACUACUAAAUGCAUUCAUAAGCCUAGAUUUUCUUAUUGUAGUUAUUUACAACAACAGCAACACCAACAAUGGAUAGUUCCACCAGCAGAACAACAACACCUGUAACGCCGGACACAUGUACGGCCAGCACCAGCUCCUCCAGCACCUCAUCGGCGCCCCAGUACAGCGACGAAGUGCGACGACCUUUACAAAACCUAGAUCUCUUGCCACGCCAAGGCAGUGGCUCUUCCACCAAAACCUGUGAGGUGGAUUUGGGCGAUGAGGAAAGGGACACAUUUUCCCCAGUGAGCAGCAACAAUCACAGUCCGGAAAUGGAGCACCUAAAUCAAAUGGCCGGCUCCAGUACAUCGCAAAUGUUAAAUGGCAUGGAGGAGGCCAGUUGUUCCACCACCUCGAAUUCUUCAACAGCCAAAGAUUAUAAACAGUCAUUUGGCGAUUUGGUGGUGACACCUCUGAAGCUGAAAAUCAACAAUACCCUGCAGACGGUGGUGUCCACGCCGCCACCUCUACUGCCACCACCCGCCUCCAAGGAGGAAAAACAAAGGCAAAAUGAGGAAAUUGUAAUUCUCGAAACAUCAUCGAUAUCCUCAGAGACUGGCUCCUGGGAAUCAGUGUUUCCAGCCACAAAUCCCCCCAACAUGGGGCCGGCCUCCUCCGUUACCAUUGCCUCAUCGGCUGUGCCUCAGGUCGAUGUAGAUCUAACAAACUAUUGUGUGGGAUUUUUGGAAAAGAACUUGGGUUUGGUGGCCAGUGCCAGCAAAUCAAAACUGCUAGCCAAAGAAAAAGAAGAUGCCCCUUCAUCCUGUUCCUCCAGCACCCUAAGAAACAAGGAUUUAGAUUUAGAACCCAUGGUAAGGGAAAGGACCUACUCAGCUGGACAUAAUCCUCUGACGGCGGACACCUCCUCACUUUUCAAGGGCAUAAGCUCCUCAUCUCUGCAAAGAGAUUUGCUAAGCAAGGCGGACAAUCCCAUGAGUUCAUCACAGACCAGCGCCUGUUUUAUAGAUGCUUCAUCGCUGUGCGAUGAGGAUGAAGUGCCACCAUAUCCCAAAAACAAACAGGCCAACGCCCCUGGCCACCAUCCAAAGGAUGGCAAUGCAGACGAAGUACCACAGGAAGAGGAUGAAUCUCCCACGAAAAAACUAGAAACAUUCCAUAAAUCAUUUGCCCGGUGCAAAGUAAAAUCCAAAGAUGAUGCCAGCCAAAGUCCAACUGCAGCGAAUCCAAACACCACCAUCAACAGCACGACACAGCAGCAGCAGCAGCAUAGUCGACCCAGAUCCUCUAACUCCUCCUGCAGUUCCGAAGAAAACAAUGACAAACAAAAUGAGACAACCAUUAGUAAUCUCUCCGAUGAGGAGAAACUAUGGAAAAGGGAUCACAAACCCUCACCACCGGCCCAGGAGGAGGUAAAUGGAGAGGGGGACGAGGAGGAGGAGGAGGAGGAAUUAAAAAUUUCCGAUACAAAUGUCAACUGCUCCUCGAACAUGCCACAAGAUGCCGAUUCCUCCGACUCAUCGGAUAUGUUUCGCAUCAAACGGGAAACGGAAAGGAAAUACAAUCAAUAUUCUGGCCCAGGCCUUCCUCCCUUGGCCAAUAAGUUACUCAACACACAUCCCCACCAUCAUCAACAUCAUCCACAUGGUGGUGGCCAUCAUGUCCAUGCCCACCAUCAUCACCCGCAAUCCACCAACAAUCACAGUGAUGUUAGCUAUACCACAGAUUAUUCCUCAUCUAGUCCGGCUCCCAGCCUGCAAUGGUCUGAACAUGAACACCGCUCCUCCUCCUCAACGGCGGGGCACAAUCAAAAGAUGAGCAUAGAGGACUAUGAUCACAUGGCUGCCAUUAAAAACAAAUGUCUGCUACCCGACACGCCACACAACUCCAUUGUCCACAUAGAACCGAAUUGUUCAUCCAAUACCUCUUCGAUACAUCGGGACUAUACGCUAUCCUCUUCAUCGUUUUCACAUCAUCGUGACUCGGGAGCAUACUGUUCGGAUGCCACCGAUUCACCCAUACCCAUGCCACGUACUCCAAAACGCUCAAAAUUUGAUGAGGCCAAUCCCAUCAUUUCGGGGGGUUCUUUGAUUACAGAUUAUCCGGAAAAGCUAUGUGAAAGUCCUUCGCUGAAAAGGAAAACGGAAAAUUGUCCCAUUGUUUCGGGUGGCUUUACAUCGCUGGAUUUUGAGCCCACCCAACCCCUGGCCGAUGAGGAUGAAGAAAUGGAAGUGGAAUUGCGAAACAAAACAAAACCACGUAAACCCAUUGCCGGCAUUGCUUCUUGGGUGGUCGACAUGAGCGAUUGCCAGUCGGGCGGAGAAAGACGUAAAAGCACCAGCUCUUCCUCAAGUUUGGAAACCUCAAAUUCAAAAUUCAGAGAACGUUCCGAUUCCACCAGCUCUCACAAAAGUGGUUGUGGUUUCUAUGUGUCGCUCGACGACAUGGAAAAGAAACCGAAGGAGAAAAGAUCAACCGCAAUUGAUUCACCCAUGAGCAAGUCAUUCAAUGCAGCCCCAACGCUUUCCUCAACGCGAUUCUUUGUAAAUCUUUCCUCGAGUGAAUAUAGGCCCCGCGACCCCUCACGAGAGGAGGUAGAGGCAGCAGCAGCAGCAGCCAAACCGCAAAACAAUCUCCAACAAGCUGACAAUUCUAAUAGCAGCUCACAGAAAAAUCUCUUCAGUAUGUUUAUAGACAUUAGUAAUGGUGAUAAGAAACCGCUGAAACCCUUGCGCAAAGAGCCAUUCAGUCUGGCACAACGCCUCAGUACUUCGCUAACUACGACGCAACAAAAGAAAACGGAUGAACAGGCCAUGGCGGCGACGGCAACGCUGAAAUCUGCAGCCAGUUCUACAGAGACAUUAAUGUCGAAAUCGAAUCAAAAUAAAAUUCCCAACAGCGAAUGCAACCCCGAGGCGGGAGCUGGAGAAACAAAGUCCCUGGAUUACAAAUGUAACUUUGAGCCACCCAUAACCGUGGCGGCUAUACGCAGGCUCUCCAUGCAACAGAAGGCCCAACAUGAGGCCAAUAAACGUCAUUCGUGGGGUAAUAGCGGCAGUGGCACUAAUGGCAUUGCUGGUCCUCCCACAGACUAUAAGCGAUCGAUUAGUCUUACCAAUAAUGGAGAUGGUAAAGAUGGUUCGAGUGGAAGGGGUGGUGGCGGUGGUGGUCUCAUGAGCAUUAUCGAUAAAAUACCCAUCAUAUCGAAAACCUCUUCAUUAUCGGUGGAUAGUUCCAUAUCACCCUUCGAUGAUUACACGGGAUCUAAAUCCGAGUUGAGUACCAGUUCAGGGGGAGAACGUGAAGAGGAGGCUGGUGGACAAAAUCCGCAACAGAAUCGUAUUAAAAAGCGACGGCGUGAUGUCCAAAUCAAUGAGACCUUUGAUAAGUCAAGUUUAGCCUCCAUUACCGAUGGCAUUCUCUCCAAAGAUCUUUCACCGCUCUCCACCACAGAUACAGAUGAUUUGACCUUCCAGCAGGAUGAAGAACAGGCCGCCCGAGAAACUGAAGAGGCAUUGGCUCAUUUGCAGCAAAGCAAUACCUCGGCAUUGUCAAUUGCUUCCACAUCGUCGUUAUCGUCAAAUCGUAUUUCCAACAUUAUUAUGGAAACCAUUGUGGAGGCCAAGGAGACAUCGUCACCCAAAAAAGUGGCACAGAAUAUUGGUAUGGACUCGCUGCAGGCCACAAUUGAGAAGCAAAAAAUGCUACUGGAAACGGUAAAUGAACAUGGAGAAAGCUCCACGGCUGGAGGUGGUGGUAAUACCUUUGUCAAGCUAUCCGACAUGGAUAAGCCGUUGAAUUUGAAUUUAAAAUCCCCCGAACGCAUGACAUCCAGUGUUGGUGGUGGCAGUAAUCACCGGCAAAUAAGUAGGCUCUAUCGUGAUGAUAACCAUCGUUCGGGUAGACCGCACUCCUGGACCAUGUCUCGCUCCACGGGCAAUAGUUUUCAAAAUUUCACCAGCUCGGUGGAGAAUCUACGCAGUCUUUCUCGUCUCUUCCCCAACUUCUCCAAGGAAAUAUCCAAUUCCCUGCCCAAUGAUAUGAGCCUGGAUAAUAUGGAUUAUAUACAAACCGAUCUCAGCAAUGAUUCAAGUUUGGCAUCGAGCAUAAGUCGUUCGGGCAUGGAUGAAUCCUCGAUGUCAUGUCGCCAGCCCAGACGACUGGGCGAAGAUUUGCUCAAAAUGUUCUUACAGGAAAUCGCCACCGAUAUGGUUGUGGAGGUGCAUGGAAGGCGAAUAAAAGCCCAUAAAUGUAUUUUGCGUUCCCGUUGUCAAUACUUUGCUGCCAUGUUGGCUGGUAACCAGGCGACUAGUGUGGUCUCGUUGCAGGGCUAUUCCUAUUCGGCAGUACAUUUUGCUCUGUGUCACAUUUAUUCGGGGGCCUCACAUCCACCGGAUGGCAUAAGUCUUAUGGAAUUGGCGGCAUUGGCAGAUCUACUGGGACUGGAGGGUCUGAAGGAAGUAACGGCUCAUGCUUUGAAAACGAAUUAUUGUCAUAAUUUCCAUAAACCCUGUUCCGGUUGCAUUGAUGGUAUACUACAGGUCCUGCCCGUUGCAUUAAAUCAUGCUCUGGAUGAUCUCUAUCGGAAAUGUUUGAGGUGGACUUGUCGCCAUUAUCUGAAGGUGUGGCCCACCCGGCAAUUUGCCCAAUUGCCAUCGGACAUUUUGGCCAGGUGUCGUCAGCAGAUUGUGGCAUAUUUGACCUCCGAGUCUGUUUUGGACACCGUUUUGGAUUGUGACAAUCUGCUCGCCCAGCUGGCCACAUAUCGUUGGGGUGGCGUCUGUGAGAAUUUGGUUCGCAACAUUUUGGAUGCCGCCUAUGGUUAUAUAGCCGAUCAUUUCGCUAGUUUAAUAGCCAGCGAUUCAUUCCUUUCACUGGGACACGAUCGCAGUUGCCAUAUACCCCGACUCGAAGGUGUACUGCUGCGUACGGCCUCGAAUUUAACACCCGAUCAAGCUUGUCGUAGUUAUCAACGGAUAACACGUCUCAAUACUGUGCUACAAGCCAAAGUUAUACAAAUGCCUCCUGGGCUGGGAGAAUUGGCCAAAGAACUACAGGGUCUUCAGGAAGAAGAUCUCGACUGGGAUACGGAAUACAUACGUUUGGUUAGCUCCAUACUAUCGGCCGUGGAACAGUGUCUGAUAAGGCAGUGCUCGCGGGCCAUGCGGGUUACCGCUUGGCAACGUAUGGACCUGGAUUUGCGCAAGAAAAUCCAAACACUGGCACGUCUAACUGAGCCGCUAGAUCUCAAACGUGGUAAACCGGUUUCAAAGGCCUUCUCCUUUGGCGGCAGUACACGGAGCCAAGAUCUGCAGCAGGUUAAGGCAGCCAUACAGGCGCACUCCAAAAGGGCCCUGGCCCAGGAUACCCAGCUGUACAAGGCCACCCAAACCACCCACGAUGCUGUGCAAACUGCGGAACGGGGAGUUCAAGCCAAUCAUGAUUUGAGAGAGGGAACAAGCCGGGUUUUAAAAUCCAAUUCACGUGCUCAUGUUCCUCAAGCAUUAAAGGGCAUCUCUCAAAGUAGUAUGACCUCCGAACGCACAAGUGUCAGCACUGCGGUACAUCAUCGUCGCACCAAAUCUGAGGCGCCAACUUCAACUGCAACAACAGCGGCCGCAGCACCAGCCAACAAAUCCAAUGAACCAAAGAAACCCUCCAUGGAAUCCAAAGCAAAUGAAAGCCAUACCACAAAAACUCGCAGUCAAUCACUAAAAUUGUCUGAUGUUAGGCCACGUUACUUGGAACCGAAAAAGGUGCACACCACUCAAGCCCUCGGCAAUGGUCCUGUACGCAGUUCCACCAGCUCUAGCAUACCCGGCAAUCUGGCCAAGAAGCAAAACUACCAGCAUUCUUCCAGCGAAAGCUCACGUCAUUCCAGUCCAGCGGCGAGAAAACAUCUCAACGGCAAGGUGACGGCCAACAUUAAGUCCACCAACAACAUGUCUUUGGAUAGUCUAACAUCUGCCAAUGCACGCACCGGCAACAGAUCCAAAACCAACAAGUCUUCCGAUAAUGAACGUCUAUCCGAUCUGUGUGUUGACGACUCCAUGAACGAGAGUAUGAAAAGUUCUGUGAUCACCAAUAAAUCAGCCUCAAGAGAGUCGCUGCUUUCGAAUAGACUAGGCAGGCCUACUAAAUUGAAAAGUGAUUCUUGUAAUAGCCAAAAAACCCGGGCAAAUGGCAGUGUAAAACCGGCCAGACCCACAAGUCUGGGGCCACGGGCACCCAAAUAUUUGCAACAGAAAAUAACCUCCACCGGUUCCAGUCCCUCAUCAGUUACCACCACCAAAUCGGCUACAAGUCGUCUCUCCUCGGUAUCAUCAACUCAGUCAUCGCGUGAUUUCUAUAAACGUUCAAUAUCGGUGCCAGGUCAGAGCGCCGGCGGCGAUGGCAGUCAAAAUCAACCUCAAACCAAACACAGUUUCCUCUCGGCCAAAUCACGAGAAAUCCUGGCAAGGCGAGCCGAAAAAGAAAAGAACAAACAACAGCAGGAGGAGCUCUUAAAACAAACGCAAAAGGAUCGUUUGCACAACCCGAACGAAACCAAGACAGCGAACAAUAAAAACAAUCUCAACGUUGGUGGUGGGGCGCCAGUAAUGCGUUCCGCCUCACACUCCUCCGUGAUGACUACCCUACGCAACAAUGGCCCUCCAUCGAAUAUACCCACACGAAGACCGAAUUCAUUGCAACUAAAGAAAUCCCACAAUGCAAAAACCAAUCAAAACAAUAGCAACAACUUCCGAAAUCACAAGUCCUCAUCCGGUGGCGAAAUCUAUCAUACAGCUCAAGCGGUAAAGCAAAAAAUUGAAUUGCUCAUCAAGACAUCAGCGAAGGCGGUCAACAAUGAUGAUGAUGGCCAUCCUUCAAUUGUGGUUGAAUCGAAAUUGGAACGUUCGAGUACAUUUUGUAAAGAUGCAGCUGAUGUGGCCGAUAUAAAUGAAUUACAAAUUAUCGAAUAGAUUGUGUGUGUGCAUGUGUCGCAGCAGACAAAAGGAAGCUAAGCGAGAGUGAACGCGCGAUGAGAGAACUUAAAAACAAAACAAAAACUAAAUAUAAUUGUUGGUGAUCAAAAUGGAUGGAUGAUUCUGAAUCGAGGGGAAAAUCCAUGCAUCACGUUGGUUUUCUUUUUCUUCGUAACUGUCGAUUGGAACUCUAAAAUAAAUUGAGAUUAUUAAAAAUUAUCCCCCGUUUUCUGAUCGUUACAACCGUUAUUCCUUUUUGGCUAUUUAUGUAUUUUGAUAACCACAAAACAGAAAAAAAAAUACAAACAACAAAAGCAUUGGCUUAAUUUUUACAGCGGCGCGCAACCAAGUGGCAAAAGCAACAACAACAAAACAACUCUAGUCAAUAACAUAAACAAUUUAAAGGCUUGUUGAAAAUAAAAAAAAAACAAAAA